AUGGGCACCGUGUUUCGGAUUGUCUCGAUAAAGAAGCUGAAGAAAGAAGGCAUUUGGAAUGUUCAGCUAGAACUGAAUGGAGACGAAGACAUAGAGUUAAGCGUGUUAACAAACCAUAUAAAGCGUGAACUUGGUGAAUCGAACAACUUGAACACGUUGGGUAUGUUGCUGAUCAGAAUGGGUGAAAAUAGUAGAGUAGAGCAAUAUUUCCAUAUGUUGCUCGAUGACACCUCGCUAGAUCAAAGUGCUCAUGCAUCAGCACAUAAUAACCUCGGAAGAGUUUAUGACAAUCAAGGUGAUUAUGAGAAAGCAUUGAAAUUUUAUGAAAAAUCUCUUGAAAUUAGAUUGAUUUCACUUCCACCAAAUCACCCUGGUAUUGCAACAACAUAUAAUAACAUCGGAAGCGUUUAUGACAAUCAAGGUGAUUAUGAGAAAGCAUUGAAAUCUUAUGAAAAAUCUCUUGAGAUCUAUUUGAUUUCACUUCCACCAAAUCACCCUGAUAUUGCAGCACCAUAUAAUAACAUCGGAAGAGUUUAUGACAAUCAAGGUAAUUAUGAGAAAGCAUUGAAAUCUUAUGAAAAAUCUCUUGAAAUUAAAUUGAUUUCACUUCCACCAAAUCACCCAUCUAUUGGAACAAUAUAUAAUAACAUCGGAAGAGUUUAUGACAAUCGCGGCGAUUAUGAGAAAGCAUUGAAAUCUUAUGAAAAAUCUUUUGAGAUCUAUUUGAUUUCACUUCCACCAAAUCACCCUAAUAUUGCAACAACAUAUAAUAACAUCGGAUCAGUUUAUGACAAGCAAGGUGAUUAUGAGAAAGCAUUGAAAUCUCACGAAAAAUCUCUUGAAAUCAGUCUCAUUUCACUUCCACCAAAUCACCCAUCUAUUGCAACAACAUAUAAUAGCAUUGGAUCAGUUUAUGACAAUCAAGGUGAUUGUGAGAAAGCAUUGAAAUUUUAUGAAAAAUCUCUUGAGAUCUCUUUGAUUUCACUUCCACCAAAUCACCCUGAUAUUGCAACAACAUAUAAUAACAUCGGAAGAGUUUAUGACAAUCAAGGUGAUUAUGAGAAAGCAUUGAAAUCUUAUGAAAAGGCGCUUAGUAUCGUACGAAGGACAUUGCCGCUUGCUCAUCCUACUCGGCGUGUGAUCGAGUCAGCUGUAACGACUGUACGUGAAAAGCUUUCGAAGUAG